AUGUUUCCGAGGGCUUGGACCUCACGGCUGACGGUGAUUCGAAACGGCUGGCGAAGAGUAGUCGUCCGCGCCAUCUGCCAGACGACGAAUUCGGAAGUGGAGCUGGAGCUUAGGCUGGCUGGAGCUCGAGCUCGGAGCUUGAGAGGCUCUGGCGCCGUAUUCUUUUUCCCACUACUUACAAAGUGGACUAGGCUUCUGGCACUCGUCUGGUUCGCUCUAGCGAUUAAGCUUGAUGAUCAUGGAUGCCAAGGUCAUGAGUGGAUUCUCUCUCUGGCACUCGCCCGAGAGACAGCAAAAGAGAGAGCGUCGUGGGAGAAGGCGGAUCGCCCAAUGGGGAAAUCCGUAACGAAGAUUACAGUACCUCGUAUGUACCCAGCACCUGUUCGGGUGCUAUUGAAGCUGGAGAGUUUGCGCUAUGCUCUCCCAGCCCACGAGUUCUCGUUUUUCUACGAGUCAAGCCGGUCUUGGGGCCAGGCAGGUGCUGACGCUGCAAGUGCACUCCUCACGAUCAAUUUGCUACAACAGGGAAUUGGAGUUAGCCAGCUUGGGAAAAAUAAGCAUUCACGAUGGAGCGACGAUGCCUGGGUUGAAACACGCCCCACUCACAACCGGAAUGGCCGUGACAAGUCCCUCCUGCACUCCAUAUUCUACCGCAUCGGGUAUACGUACAUGAAAGCAAGCACAGCAAGCGGGCGGACAAGAGCCCAACCACUGCAUGAGAGAAGGUUAACAGCGCCAUCUCAACCAGAAGAGUCAGUGAACGGGACAAGUGGAUCCACGGAAGGGUGUUCCCGCCGUAUUCCAGUGGAGAGAGACAAGGAGCGAACCGCCGGUCCUGGUCACCUAAAUUCUUCAUCCUCCUCCUUCUGCUCAGAUCAACAAGGCGUGCAUUUGCGAGAUGGGUGUACGAUCGAGUUUCCUUGCCUUAUGCCUGCCUGUCCACGUAAACUCUACAACCUACCUACCCCGCCAUUCUUGUCCUUGCGGAGUCUCGUACCGAGUACAAUGAGCAGAUCUCUUGACUCGCAGUCUGUCCACCCUCAUCCGCUGCAAUCGUCUUCUCCUCGUUACUCCUUGCGUGAGUGCGGAGGUGACACGGAGACCUGA